AUGAGAGGCUCCAGCCCAGUGAAGGGAGACACAGUGGGAAUGAGAGGCUCCAGCCCAGUGAAGGGAGACACAGUGGGAACGAGAGGCUCCAGCCCAGUGAAGGGAGACACAGUGGGAAUGAGAGGCUCCAGCCCAGUGAAGGGAGACACAGUGGGAACGAGAGGCUCCAGCCCAUCACACCCGCGGACAAAGAGGAGCUGGGUUUGGAACCAGUUUUUUGUUCUGGAAGAAUACACUGGAACUGACCCUUUGUAUGUCGGCAAGCUUCAUUCAGACAUGGAUCGGGGAGAUGGCUCCAUCAAAUACAUCCUCUCGGGAGAAGGCGCAGGCGUCGUGUUUACCAUCGACGACACCACUGGAGACAUCCACGCCAUUCAGAGGCUUGACCGGGAGGAAAGGGCCCAGUACACUCUCAGGGCUCAGGCCCUGGACAGGCGCACGGGCAGGCCAAUGGAGCCGGAGUCCGAGUUCAUCAUCAAAAUCCAAGAUAUCAAUGACAACGAGCCCAAGUUCCUGGACGGGCCUUAUGUCGCCACCGUGCCGGAGAUGUCACCAGUGGGGACUUCUGUUAUCCAGGUGACAGCCACCGACGCUGAUGACCCGACCUAUGGCAACAGUGCCCGGGUGGUAUACAGCAUCCUGCAGGGCCAGCCGUAUUUCUCCGUGGACUCCAAAACAGGGGUAAUUAGGACCGCACUCAUGAACAUGGACCGAGAAGCCAAAGAGAACUACGAGGUGAUCGUCCAAGCCAAGGACAUGGGGGGGCAGCUCGGAGGACUAGCGGGGACCACGACUGUCAACAUCACCCUCUCGGAUGUCAACGAUAACCCACCCCGCUUCCCCCAGAAACACUACCAGAUGAGUGUGUUGGAAUCAGCUCCAGUUAGCUCGACUGUGGGGAGGGUGUUUGCCAAGGACUUGGAUGAAGGAAUCAACGCGGAGAUGAAGUACACGAUCGUGGAUGGGGACGGGGCAGACGCAUUCGACAUCAACACGGAUCCCAACUUCCAAGUGGGCAUCAUAACCGUGAAGAAGCCCCUGAGUUUUGAGAGAAAGAAAAGCUAUACCUUAAAAGUGGAGGGAGCCAACCCUCACCUCGAGAUGCGAUUUCUGAACCUGGGCCCAUUUCAAGACACAGCCACGGUGCACAUCAGUGUGGAAGACGUGGACGAGCCCCCGGUGUUUGACGCUGGCUUUUAUUUUGUGGAGGUACCUGAAGAUGUGGCGAUUGGGACAACCAUACAGAUCGUUUCUGCCAAGGACCCAGAUGUGACCAACAACUCAAUCAGAUACUCUAUUGACAGAAGCAGUGAUCCUGGAAGAUUCUUCUAUGUGGACAUUACAACAGGUGCCCUAAUGACUGCAAGGCCUCUCGACCGGGAGGAGCUUUCUUGGCAUAAUAUCACUGCCCUUGCUAUGGAAAUGAACAAUCCAUCCCAGGUUGGAAGUGUUCCUGUCACAAUCAAAGUCUUAGAUGUGAACGACAAUGCCCCAGAGUUCCCCCGAUUCUAUGAAGCUUUUGUCUGUGAGAAUGCCAAGGCAGGACAGCUGAUCCAGACCGUGAGCGCCGUGGACCAGGACAACCCGCGCAAUGGCCAGCACUUCUACUACAGCCUGGCUCCUGAGGCUGCGAACAACCCCAACUUCACCGUAAGGGACAACCAAGAUAACACCGCCCGGAUUCUGACCAGGAGGUCUGGCUUCCGGCAGCAGGACCAGAGUGUCUUCUACCUGCCCAUCCUGAUCUCGGACGGCGGGCAGCCGGUGCUCAGCAGCACGGGCACGCUGACCAUCCAGGUGUGCGGCUGUGACGACGAGGGCCACGUGCUGUCCUGCAGCCCCGAGGCCUACAUGCUCCCUGUGAGCCUCAGCCGCGGUGCGCUCAUCGCCAUCCUGGCCUGCGUCUUUGUCCUCCUGGUGCUGGUGCUGCUCAUCCUCUCCCUGCGGAGGCACCGAAAGCAGCCCUACAUCCUCGACGACGAGGAGAACAUCCACGAGAACAUCGUGCGCUACGACGACGAGGGCGGCGGCGAGGAGGACACCGAGGCCUUCGACAUCGCAGCCAUGUGGAACCCCCGCGAGGCGCAGGCGGCCGGCGCGCCCAAGACGCGGCAGGACAUGCUGCCCGAGAUCGAGAGCCUCUCGCGCUACGUGCCUCAGACGUGCGCCGUCAGCAGCACCGUGCACAGCUACGUGCUGGCCAAGCUCUACGAGGCCGACAUGGACCUGUGGGCCCCGCCCUUCGACUCCCUGCAGACCUACAUGUUCGAGGGCGACGGCUCGGUCGCCGGCUCGCUCAGCUCCCUGCAGUCGGCCACAUCGGACUCGGAGCAGAGCUUCGACUUCCUCACAGACUGGGGGCCCCGCUUCCGGAAGCUGGCGGAGCUCUACGGGGCGUCGGAGGGGCCCGCGCCCCUAUGGUGA